AUGCUUCCGAGAAUACUCCCCUUGCUUCUCGCAGGCUUCUUGGCAUUGGUCGCUGCCACACCAAUGGCACAGCAUAUGGCUGAUAAUAUGGCGACUGACAAGCUCGUGUUUUGCCAUUUCAUGAUUGGAAUCACCAGCAACCGCCAAAGCGCUGCCGACUAUGACGACGACAUGAAGCGUGCGAAAGCCCUGGGCAUUGACGCAUUUGCACUAAAUAUCGGUGUAGACCCGUACACAGAUGCUCAGCUUAACUGGGCCUAUGAGUCUGCUGCCAAGAAUGACAUGAAGGUCUUCCUGUCGUUUGAUUUCAACUGGUACAACACCGGGCAGGCCAGCGCCGUGGGCGCAAAGAUCAAGCAAUAUGCAAGUCUGCCAGCUCAACUUUUAGUGGAUAACAAAGUCUUUGCAUCAUCUUUUGCAGGUGACGGCCUCGAUAUCCCUGCCUUGCAGUCCGCUGCUGGAACGGAUGUGUUCUUCGCUCCGAAUUUCCACCCUGGUGUUGGAGAUUUUAAUGCAAUCCAAGGAGGGCUGAACUGGAUGGCUUGGGAUAACAACGGCGAGAACAAGGCCCCAACCCCUGGUCGUACCAUUACUGUCGCUGAUGGCGACAAGGCAUAUGUCGAUGCUUUGAACGGGAAGCCAUAUAUUGCGCCUGUUUCUGGUUGGUUCUUCACCCACUUCGGGGGUGAGGUGUCCUACAGUAAGAACUGGGUUUUCCCUUCUGAUCUUCUCUGGUAUGAUCGAUGGCAACAGAUCCUGAGCCUCGGUCCGCGUUUUGUGGAAAUUGUCACCUGGAAUGACUAUGGCGAGUCGCACUAUAUUGGGCCGUUGGCUUCGCCCCAUACAGAUGACGGGGCGUCCAAAUGGGUCAUGGAUAUGCCACACACUGGCUGGCUCGAGAUGUCCAAGCCUUUUAUAGCUGCGUAUAAAGCCGGAGAUAGAUCAAUCGAUCAGUAUAUUACAGACGAAAAGUUGAUCUACUGGUACCGACCUACCCCGAGAGAUGUCAACUGCGACCCCACCGACACCACUAUGGAAGGUAAUCCCAAUAACUCCAGCGGCAAUUUCUUCCGGGGUAAACCCAACGGGUGGGAAACCCUGCAAGAUGCAGUGUUCGUUGUUGCAUUGCUCAAAUCACCUGCUACGGUUGCAGUUUCCUCCGGAAAGAACAGCAAGACAUUCGAGGCUCAGACCGGUGCCAGCGCCUUCACCGUGCCGAUGGGGGUCGGCCAGCAGAAGUUCGCAAUUACACGUGAUGGCAAGAGCAUUAUGGAAGACACAAGCCUGAAGGAUAUCGUUGAUACUUGCAUUUGUGGUAUCUACAAUUUCAACCCAUAUGUCGGGACUGUCCCCGCUGAGAGUACCAUCGACAAGCUCGAACCAGCUGGCCUUGCAAUGCUCAGUCAAGGAUUGAAGGUACCGUGUCCCACAAACACCCUGGGAGCUAGUGGUCCUCGUGUUACUCCCUGA